GCCACAAAUCUAUUCCAAAGGCCGCCACCCGAAGGGCUGCCAGGAUGAAACUCUGACGGCCGAAGAUUCCAACACCAAUCUAUUUUAAAGCUGUUUGUUUCCAAGUUUUAAUUUAUAUUAUUAUAUGCCCAGAUCUUGUCCAAGCCUGAAACCUUGGUUGUUCGUCCAACCCCAUGUGCAGGAAUCAGGCCCAACCCAAUACGUUCGGCCCAAAAAUAUGAACCAACUUUCACUCUUGAGAUACACAAACCAUUUCGCCUAACAGUGUCCAGUCCAAGCAUAGGUCAACUCCGUCGAGCGAAAGCCAUUUCCGCCAUUCGAGAGACUGAACCAAAUGAAACACAAAAACCCCAUCUCUCUCUGAUUUCCAUCAAUCUCCGCCACGAAAGUUCAAAGCUUUCGGAGAAACUCAUCUCGCAUGUCCGCCGGAAUGGUGUCCCAGUUCAAGGAAGCCACCCAAUCGGCGAGGGCCACGCUCCGGCCAUGGGGUGAGCUCCUGGAACCCACCGCACUCAGACUCCCCUCCAAUCUCUCCGCCGCGACGACCCGACUCGCCCAGAACUUGACCCACUUCCGGUCCAACUACGCCCUGAUCGCCCUGAUCGUGCUCUUCCUCAGCCUCCUCUACCACCCGUUCUCCAUCAUCGUCUUCUUGAUCGUCUUCGCCGCGUGGCUCGUACUCUACUUCUCGCGUGACCAGCCCCUCGAGGUGUUCGGGUUUGCGGUCCCGGACCGGGUCGUGAUGGUUGUUCUUGCCUUGGUGACGGUGGUGGCUCUGGUCCUCACUCACGUGUGGCUCAACGUCAUCGUUUCGGGUGUGAUUGGGGUCGUUUUGAUAGGGUUGCACGCGGUGUUUAGGGGGACGGAGGGCCUUGUGAUGGACGACCAAGAAUCGCCGUAUGGGGCUCUGCUCUCCGAUGAUGCUGACCCAAGUGGGAAUUACACCAUUAUGUGACUGUUCCUCUCCAAUUUUAUGGGUUGGUAGCAUUUCAUCAUUGUUCGAUCAGGUACCUGUGUUCCAGACAAGCCUCCGAUGGGGGUCAACCUCUAACCAACAGAUCCAGCUGUGAUGUCGUUCUUCCUUCUGAAGUCUGAAAUUGUGUAUCCACCACCCUAGUUGAUGUUCAGCCCUUCUUCCUGAUUCAAAUCACGUUUAGAGUGCUUUUAACAGAUAAGACUUGUAUAGACCAUUGUUGUCUCAUGGCAAAUCGUGGGUCGCAUUGUCGGUUUGUGCCAUCUUGGAGUACAUUGGAACCUUGCAAACUGAAAGUUAAGUGCAAUUUUUUGUAGUGAUGGUAUAUGUAUGCAGCGAUGAUUCCUUUUCCUAUUCA